UCAAACAUUCUCCAGUGCUCGCUGCAGGCAGUUGACGCAUCAGCUGCACAGUUGACGGCACCGGUCGGAAAGUAGGGCCUACUUCCAUUUUUCCUGACACUUGGCUUUUGGGCAGAGGGGCCCCACACCGGGAAAAGUAGGAUGGGGGCUGGAGCGAGCGCUGAGGAGAAACGCUCCAGAGAGCUGGAGAAGAAGCUGAAGGAGGAUGCCGACAAGGAUGCAAGAACUGUCAAGCUGCUGCUGCUAGGUGCUGGAGAAUCAGGAAAAAGCACUAUCGUCAAACAGAUGAAAAUUAUCCACAAAGAUGGUUACUCGCUUGAAGAAUGCUUGGAGUUCAUCACCAUCAUCUACAGCAACACCCUGCAGUCCAUCAUGGCCAUUGUGAAGGCCAUGAACACACUCAAUAUUGGCUACGGCCACGCUGAUCAGCAGGAUGAUGCCAGGAAACUCAUGCAUCUUGCAGACACCAUUGAGGAAGGCACCAUGCCUAAAGAGCUGUCAGAGAUCAUUCUGCGCCUGUGGAAGGAUUCUGGCAUACAGGCGUGCUUUGACAGGGCCUCAGAGUACCAACUCAACGACUCCGCUGGAUACUACCUGAAUGACUUGGAGCGACUGAUCCAACCAGGGUACGUGCCCACUGAGCAGGAUGUGCUGCGAUCAAGAGUGAAGACCACUGGUAUCAUCGAGACCCAGUUCUCCUUCAAAGAUCUCCAUUUCAGAAUGUUUGAUGUGGGUGGCCAGAGGUCAGAGAGGAAGAAGUGGAUCCACUGUUUCGAAGGUGUGACCUGUAUCAUCUUCAUUGCUGCUUUGAGCGCCUACGACAUGGUGCUGGUGGAGGACGAUGAAGUGAAUCGAAUGCACGAAAGCCUGCACUUGUUUAACAGUAUCUGCAACCACCGCUACUUCGCCGCCACCUCCAUUGUGCUCUUCCUCAACAAGAAAGAUGUGUUCAUUGAGAAGAUCAAGAAAGCUCAUCUCAGCAUGUGCUUUCCUGAAUACGAUGGCCCCAACACUUACGAGGAUGCCGGUAACUACAUCAAAGUGCAGUUCUUGGACCUGAACAUGCGCCGAGACAUCAAAGAAAUCUACUCUCACAUGACCUGUGCCACAGACACAGAGAACGUCAAGUUUGUGUUUGACGCCGUAACCGACAUCAUCAUCAAAGAAAACCUGAAAGAUUGUGGUCUCUUCUAAGAGCCACGCUGAGACAUCCAGUGGAGGCUGAUGUUGUAGCCCUGUCACAUUCCACAAAUCCCUUCUCAAUUCAAGCUGAGGAUGAAUGAAGAUGAGCACCGUCCCCUCAAACAGCCAUUCUCAAACCGGCGAUCCCAAAAAAAUAAAAGUCAUAUUUGUUGUGUUCAAAAAUGAGUUGUAGCUUUGACCAAAGACUUCCGGUCAGCUGAGACCAGAAGCCAGCUCUGAAAAUCCUGUGCAGAUUUCGGAUGACAACCAACUAAACUAACUUUUCUCUCGAGUCUCUUGAACUCAUCUUUGGAGGGCUAUGCAAUCUGUAGUUAAGACAUCAAGAGCUUCUGUCCGCAUGAAGUGAUUUCUUCUCACAUAUGCUAAUGUGAAUAGAUGUCAGGCUUAUGCAUCAUCUCUAUGCUCCAGUAACUGGUAAGUAUACAGCCAAAAAGCAAACGAGAGGACCUCACCACCUGCAGACGCACUUCAACUUUUGUUAGAGAUUAAAAAAAAACUCGUCAGUAGAAAUGGCUUUUCCAUACAGAAAUUCUACAGUUUGAGAUACAAUUCAAACAGGUAAAAAAUAUAUUUUUAAAGGAGAGUGUUAGAAAAUUUAACUUUUUGCAAUAGUUGAAAAGGGCCAGUGUAUAUAAUUAAACUGUUUUCUAUUGGACAGUUCAUGAAGUGUGGUGAUACCAUGUGGAUCUACUGCUACUCUGCUGAAUGGUAGAUGUAAUAUACUUCAACUUAAAAAUCCUGGUCUAAAAGUGAAUCAACAGGCCUUUGAGCUGACUAUCCUGUACAGAAACCAAUAAUUGUAAACUUUGACUAAGUCUAUUAAAGCUUCUGUAGAAAACUGAGUAGUUUUCCAUUUUCCACUAAUAAAAACCAACACAGCAA